UUCUUUUUGACAUUAAACUAAUAAAACAACUGACGUCUCAGUCCGAAGGGUUUAGUAACAUCUGACGUCACUGCUCUAAUUACCGACUAGUUAUUGUCAAUGGACCAUUUAAUGACAUUACAAAAACUACACUUUUUGUUUCUCGGCGUCCAAAGUAAAUAUUUGAUAUUGUGGUAUCGAUACUUGUUUCGGUGGAAACUCGACGCUUGUGUAGUUUGUUCCUCUGUAAUAUUCCUGUAAUAGAUUCGAUCAAACCACGACACGCGCCUCGUGUCAGUUUUAUCUGUAACGCCGCUGUUCUACUUAAUCUUCCAACGGGAACAGACGCGCACCGCUGGACCGCUCUACACUUACUUUUCGUAAGGCUUUAUCAUUUCAAAGAAUUGUUUUUGUCUCAGUCCCAUGAUUUUCCACGUGUGCGGGUGUGUGACAGCAGACUGACGCCGGCAGGGUUUCCCCCGGUGUCUUACUGGAGAUCGGCCGCUGCGCGCGCACUGAUAAGCUUCGCAGUAGCGAGCGGCAGCAGGUGCGUCCUCCUCAGCAUCCCCGGCGUGUCUCCGCCCCCCCGCUCGCAUAGGCUGGAGGAUUUAAGCGGGCCCGUCGUAAUGAUGAGGGCUUUCUGAGACUGAGUGAUUUCAAAACCUGACGGGUUUCGAGUUUCGCAGCACUCAGCAGUGGAGGUGUCGCGCGUGUGUCUGGCAGAGAUGAACCCCGAGGUGGAUUACGGAGGCUCCGGGAGCAGCGGCAACGGGAAGCUGCGCCAGUGGCUCAUCGAGCAGGUGGACUGCGGGAAAUACCCCGGCCUGGUGUGGGAGAACGACGAGAAAAGCAUCUUCAGGAUACCGUGGAAACACGCGGGGAAGCAGGACUACAACCGGGACGAGGACGCCGCGCUGUUCAAGGCCUGGGCGCUGUUUAAAGGCAAGUUUCGGGAGGGCAUCGACAAACCGGAUCCUCCGACCUGGAAGACGCGGCUCCGCUGCGCCCUCAACAAGAGCAACGACUUCGAGGAGCUGGUGGAGCGGAGCCAGCUGGACAUCUCCGACCCGUACAAAGUGUACCGCAUCAUCCCGGAGGGCGCCAAGAAGAGACCCCGGCAGGAGGACAGUCCUCUGAGCCCGGUCAGCUACCCGGUGCACCCGUCCUACCCCGCGCUGCAGACGCAGAUGCCACAGUACAUGGCUCCCCCAGAAUGCAGCUGGAGGGACUACUGCCAGGAGCAGGCGUCUCUGCCCGAGCUGUCCUUCACGCAGUGCCCCUGCCCCCCCCGCAGCCUGCCGUGGCAGGGCCCCCCCAUGGAGAACGGGUACCAGCUCAGAGCCUCCAUCUACUCGUACGGACCGGCCGACAGCCAGCCGUCGCCGUUCUCGCUGGACGCCAGCAUCAGGUCGGCGGAGGCGCUCACAGACUUCCGCCUCCACGUGACUGUGUUUUACCAGGACAUCCUCCUGCGGGAGGUGACCACCUCCUCCCCCGACGGCUGCCACAUCACUCCGUGCUCCCAGGACGAGAAGCACUACCUGCAGCCCGGCCGGCCUGAGGUGGUGCCGCUGCCCGUGGACGGCGUCUCCGCCCAGAGGAGGGCGGACGAGUGUCCCCCGAGCCCCCCGUCGCCCCUGGACCGGGGGGUCCUGCUGUGGAUGCGCGCAGACGGCCUCUACGCCAAGCGGCAGUGCCAGAGCAGGGUCUACUGGCAGGGAGGCCUGUCCCCCUACGCAGACAAGCCCAACAAGCUGGAGCGGGAGAUCCCCACCAAAAUCCUGCACACGCAGGACUACCUGACAGAGAUCCAGAGCUACGGGCUCCACGGGCGGCCGCUGCCGCGCUUCCAGGUCCUGCUGAGCUUCGGGGACGAGUGUCUGGACCCGCAGAGACAACGACGGACCCUCACAGUCCAGGUGGAGCCGCUGUUCGCCAGGCAGCUCCUGUACUACACGCAGCAGCCCAGCGGCCACUUCUACCGCGGCUACGAGCACCCGGGCGUCGCCGAGCACCUCAACGCCUCCGAGGACUUCCAGAGGGCCCUCACGCACCACCACAGCAGCAGCCUGCAGGAGUGAGCUCGUCCCCGAGGAGGAGGAGGAGGAGGAGGAGGAGGAAGAGCCGAGCUCCAGGAGCCGAGGACACGAGGACAUUCAGGGACACGAUGGACAUUGAUGGACCGUGCAGUCAAAACUGAUUUGCAGUGUUAUUUUUUACUUUUAGGGGUCAGUGAAUAUUUCUUUACUUACUAUUCAAACAGAACUGACAGCUUGGGUGAUUGUACUGUAGAAAAGUGUAAGUAAAUCCUUUUGUAGUUUGACAUUUUGGGACAUUUACAUGAACAGAGCAGCAGGUUCCUUCAGCGCUGGACGCGAACACGAGCGUCUCCCUGCCUCAGCUCAUCAUGUACCAAACGUCAACGUUUGUUGUUAUGCGUUUUAUCCUUGUACAUACUUUGGAUUUUUCUGUUGCUAGGAGACACUAUCACCACCAUGUAGUAAGUUAUGAAUGAUGUCUUGUGCCUGGCUGUGAACAAAAGACAAAACUCUCAGGGAACUAAUUUCAGAUAAGCUUUUUCAACCCAGUUUUGUGUGAAAUGGUACGAGAAAUGAGCUGAUGUUUAACUUUAUCUGAGAAACGGCUUGUUUUACAUGUCUUUGCAAUAAACGACUGAAGUGUAA